UCCGAUCGCAACCGCCGGCGCGCGCGUUCCAAAAUCGAACGCCAUUUCAAUUAUUUGAAUAUCGUACGCGAUUCGAAUUUUAAACGUUCCUCGAAUUGCAGUGUUUUGUGUGUGUUUGUGAUUGUGCAUUUUUUUAUUUUAUUUAAUAUCCCAGAAAUGCUACAGUGACAAAAUGGCGUCCAGGACUAAACUAGUGAUCUUAGUGCUAACCUCGUUACUAACAAGAAACCUUUGUGACAGUGACGUUUUAAAACUAUCUAUAGACGACAGCGACCUCUUAAGAGGUAGCGGGGAAGAGAAAGAGAAUCUAGAAAAAGAGAUAGAUAUAGAAGAUAAAUCGGAGUUAGAAGAGUAUACUACAACAGAAUAUGCAACGACUGAUGCGUCGUAUAUAGUUACUUUUAACGAUUUAAGAGUAGAUAGUAUAGAUACCACGGUGACAGAAGGUAUAACGGACAAUGAUGUGGUCAGUAUGACUGCGUCGGAGGAUAUUUAUAAUGGCAGUAACAUUGUUAAGGCAGAAACGACCACUUCACCCCCCACCAGAGCUACGGAGAGCAUGGAGGGGAUGUCCCACAGGGUAGCAGAGCUAUCCAGCUCUGCAGAAGAGACUAACCAGCGGAGCCCGAAGCUGACUGAGAGCGUAAGACCUGAACCCCAGCCCCGAGACCGACCAGUCUUCGACCCCUCCCCCCCAGAAGCCAUCACUCCCCGAGCUACCCUCCGAAAUUGGCUGGAAGACCCUUGGCUACGGGCACCAGCAGGUCUACUAGUGCCUUUAAGGUCUUCAGCCUUGGCUAGGGCCAGUGCGGUCUGGGACGACCUUAGCGAGGGCCUGGGGUUGAGUGACGUAGUGCUGGUCGGAUAUCAUGCUAAUGGCAUCAACUGGAGAUCUCGUCACAACCUGCAGGGCAACGGCGUCAAAAAUGGCUACACGGCUGUUUCUGAUGCAUUAAACAAGCUCUUGGUUAAGUACCAGGGACUACCGGAUACGACCGAUGGAACGAUGCAAGCCUUAAUACAGGCCACAAAACUGGUGCCAUACGACAGUGCCUUAUUUGUGCUGACUGACAAAGCACCAGGGGACCUGCAGAGGCUUCCACUGGCUGUGAGGGCCCUAGUUGAGAAGAGGUUAAAGGUGUACACAAUCUGGACGAAUCCAUCCAUGCCGGCGUAUGAAAUAGAACAGCAGAUCCGGGGUCUGAAGAACGUCUCCAAGCACACGGAAGGGGAAGUGCUGACGUACACAAUGCAAGGCUUGGACAUGGGACCAAGCGAUAUGGACGGAAGCCGCCUAGAAGUUCAGGCUCAACCGAGACAGGCCAGACUGAAUAGAAUUGAGGAAGAAGAAUUUGAGACGCUUCUAGUGCGAAGAGGCGGCGGUGGGGCUACAUCAUUAGGUAUACCAGUAGAAUAUGGAGUCUCGGCCCUGAAGAUAUUCAUCGAAGGAGAUGUGGAACACGCUGUUCUGUACCCUCCUAAUGAUGCUCCUCAAGUGGAUCUCUACAACAUGACUUCAGUGAAAGCCUUCUCUGCGGCUUCAAGGACUGAUGAGUUGUCUCCAAGGGCGGUGUACCUAGUCUUUCCUGGUGCUGACCCUCAGAACGAUGGAUUCAAAGUGCUACCAAUGAAACCAGCGGACUCGCCGUCAGCGCAAGCGGGGAUGUGGCAUCUCUCCGUUCGUUGCGACACUUGCAACUACCACCUGCGUGUGCUGGCACGGGCGUGCCUUCGCUUCCAUGCCAGUUUGAAGUCACCGGAUAUGCUGAAGAUCAGGAUCAUGGGUCCAUUGGCGAGUGUGAGAGAGUCAGCGUUAGUUGACGAGUAUGGCGCCGAAUUGACUAAGCUACCAUUUAGCUAUCAACCAAUAACUGGAGAUGGACAGGACGUUCCCCAAGAGAGUCCUAUGACGGAAUUGGAAGAAACGAUACCGCUACCCACAGUCAAGUCUGAGAGGGUCUACGUCAGGAUCCUGGGCAGAGAUAUUAGAGGGGAACCAUUUGUCCGUCUCUCGGGUCCGUUGAAUGAGCCUGAAGUGCGUAUGGGCCGUUCGGCCAAUUUGGAAACUGAUGAUUUACAGCGCGCCGAGGAAGCUAACAUCGCAUACUCUAGACUAAGGCUGGGCUAUAACGAUAGCAAUGUGCUGCCUUACAACAGAGCUACGUCCCAGGUGGUGAACCAACAGGGAACUAUUCUGACAGCCGUGCAGAUAGGUCUCAGCACGAGACUGUACGGGACACCAGGCGACAACUUACAGCUACAUUUUGAAGUGACAAACUACAGGGACCAAUCAGUGAGGUUCUCGUUCGAAGCGCGAGGCGAGCUCAUGUUUUUGAGAGGCAUCAGUCCUAAUGCACAAACGGUGCUGAGCGGCCAGACAGUCAACGUGGUCGUGCAGGUUGGAAUCACGAACACCGCUCAGCCUGGUGCAAGGGAUCUCAUCACAUUUACUGCUAUGGGCAUUGACCAAGUCUCCAUCUCAGCCUACGUGUACGUGGUGAAUACACUGAACACCGUGGACGUCUGGCCUCCAGAACUCAGGCACACUUUCCAGGGAAUGUGCAUUGGGAAGAUGGGAGAUGACUGCGCUCAGCACAUUUGGUCGACCACCAUCACGGCCAGGGAUGCUAGCUCAGGCAUCCUCCGUCUCACUUCAACGCCCAUUGGCCUAGUGUACGACAGUAAUUUUAUAUCCGGGACCAGGGAGGAGAUCAGAGCCAUCUAUCGGGCGACAUGUUGCGCACCCAGAUUGUCGGUCACGGCCGUGGACGCUAACGGGAAUGUCAAUAGCUACAUCAUUGAUAUCAGUGGCUACCUGAACGCAGCGUCCAUAGCAGCAAUAACACUGGGCAUAUUCCUGUUCAUCGCCAUCAUAGCCCUCAUAAUAUUCCUUAUCUCCUGGUGCGUGAGGAGACGGAAGGAGUCAAGGGAGCUGCCGUAUUCUACGUCUACCAGAAAUUAAAUAUAAGUUUAUUUUGACAGAGGAGUCUCUUUAACCCUUGACGCAUAAAGUGUACAAAUGACUUUUGUUUACCGCAAAAUCACGAGCAGAAAUAAGAUUAAAUUGAAAACGUCGCUUAAGAAGACAAUUUUUGACGGCAGCGAUAGCAAGGCCUACGGUUUAACUCGAUUUGCUUUUCGUAUGUCCCGAUGUAUUGCUCUAUCUACGGGUCGCAAUUCUCAACCGAUUCUCGUGAAAUUCUAUGACCUUACUCUUUGAUUAAAUAAAAAAAAUUGUCGAUCCAGUUUUUGUAAGUUUCGUAAAGUGCAAAAAAAUGCCAUUAAGGACUUAAGCGCCAAUAGCAUUUAUGGCGCUAAGUCUUAAAACUAUCGUGACUUGAACUUGACUCACUUUUGCGUUUUCUAUUAAAAGAAUGAAGCGGAGGUCUACAGCUCAGAGCUACUACUUUAAUCAGGUUUUAAAACAGUUUUUUUAAUGUUAACUUGACUUGCUAGCUCAAUAUACGUGGUCGAUUGUACCGAAACUUUGCGCAUUCCUACAAUGACAGGAGGUUCAAAUAAAGCGCUGAAAUUGCACUCAAAUUAGUCCAUCCGAUUUUCGGGAGAGGCGUACCAUCGAGGCGGACCGUAUGCCUGUUUGCAGUUAGUAUAAAAAAAGAUCUACUUGAACCUUUUAACACAUCUUUGGCGUUAAGGGUUUAUAUAUGAGAGGAUUAAAAAAAAUCUAUUUUUAAGUCUUACACUUUUACAAUAACUGUCAAGUUAAGACCUUAAGUCAAGUAAUAGAUAUUCGAGUUAUUUUUAUACGGAAAACAUUGUGAUGACAAAGUAGGUUAAGGCACAAGAUGUGUUUAAAUAUAUUUUUUAUAAGUUACCUAUACGUAAAUUAAGUAAGUAAAGAGUCAGAAAUGUAUUUUACAUUUAAAAUCUGUCAAUAUAUUGAUAUAGACUAACAUGCACUCAUAAUUUUAGAACAAAACGGGACUUAAUCGCGUAAACACUUACAUUUAUAUUUUGCCCGACGUUUCGAACAUC